AUGGAACUGUCCCUGGAGGUGAAGAAGCAAGGAGAUAAGAAUGUCACCCUGAGUGUUAAUCAGGCAAAGAUGCUGGUGAACUGGGAUGUGGUGCAGGACUCAGGUGACUCAGGCCCUGCUGCAGUGGGCCUUUUCUCCUCUCCAGGGAUGGGCAAGUUGCUGGUUGAGGCCCCCCUGGUCCUGGAAACUGAGGAACAGUCAGUUCUGAAUGAGACACGCAAGGGCCUGCAGCAGGAAGUCUCCCCUGUCCUGCUCUCAGAUGUCAUAUCCGUCUUUGUGAGCAAUAAGGACACUCAGAACCUCAGCUCCCCAGUCACCUUUGUCUUCAAGCAUUCAUUGACCCCGGGGCCAAUGCAGAAGGUGUUCUGUGUCUUCUGGGAGCCUGGCCAGAAUGGAAGUGGUCAUUGGUCCACCAAAGGCUGCUGGAUAGUGGGCACCAGAGACAUCAGCACCACCUGCCAAUGCAGCCACCUCAGCAGCUUUGCUGUCCUCAUGGCCCACUAUGAUGUGCAGGAUGAUGAUCCCGCCCUGGCUGUGAUCACCUAUGUGGGGCUGAGCCUCUCUCUGCUGUGCCUCCUCCUGGCGGCCCUCACCUUCCUGCUGUGCAAAGCCAUCCAGAACACCAGCACCUCACUCCACCUGCAGCUCUCACUCUGCCUCUUCCUGGCCCACCUGCUCUUCCUCACGGCCAUCGACAGAACUGAGCCUAAGGUGCUGUGUGCCAUGAUCGCGGGUGCCUUACACUAUCUCUACCUGGCCUCCUUCACCUGGAUGCUGCUGGAGGGCCUGCACCUCUUCCUCACUGCACGCAACCUGACGGUGGUCAACUACUCCAGUGUGAGCAGGUUCAUGAAGAAGUUCAUGCUCCCUGUGGGCUACGGAGUCCCAGCUCUGAUUGUGGCCAUUUCUGCAGUAUCCAGGCCUCACUUGUAUGGAACACCUGCCCGCUGCUGGCUCCACCCAGAAAAGGGAUUUAUAUGGGGCUUCCUUGGACCAGUCUGCGCCAUCCUCUUUGUCAAUCUAGCUUUCUUUCUGAUGACCCUCUGGAUUUUGAAAAGCAAACUCUCUUCACUCAACAGUGAUGUGUCCACCCUCAAGAAUACAAGGAUGCUGACAUUUAAAGCGAUAGCUCAACUCUUCAUCUUGGGCUGCACGUGGUGUCUGGGAAUCCUGCAGGUGGGUCCAGCUGCUCAUGCCAUGGCCUAUCUCUUCACCAUCAUCAACAGCCUGCAGGGCGUCUUCAUCUUCCUGGUGUACUGUCUCCUCAGUCAGCAGGUCCGGAAGCAAUACAGGAAAUGGUGGAAAGGGGUCAGGAAAACCAAAGCAGAAUCUGAGCAAUACACCCUCUCCAGCAGAGCCAUGUCGGACGCCACUAAACACAGUGAGGUAAAAGGCGAUGGAUUGACAGCAUAAAAGAGGAAAUUAAGUCAAUUCUGAGAAAUCUAAAAGUGGG